AGGAGCAGGGACACAUAAUUCUCUUCAUCAAUGUCUUCUUCCUGUGUUUUCACAAAUUACCCUCUUAUUUCUGCUUUUAUUGCCUUUGCUAUUGCCCAAUCUAUCAAGUUCUUCACCUCCUGGUACAAGGAAAAGCGAUGGGAUAUCAGCCAACUUGUGGGAUCCGGUGGGAUGCCUUCGUCCCAUUCUUCGACGGUCACUGCUCUUGCCACUGCUAUCGGAUUCCAAGACGGUUUUGGAGGAUCACUAUUUGCGACCGCAUCGAUCUUAGCAUGCAUCGUAAUAUUUGAUGCAACCGGUGUGAGAUUGCAUGCUGGACGGCAAGCAGAGGUCCUGAAUCAAAUCGUUUAUGAAUUGCCUGCUGAACAUCCUCUGGCCGAGACCAGGCCGUUACGUGAACUUCUUGGUCACACACCUCCCCAGGUUUUUGCUGGUGGAGUGCUUGGUAUUAUAACAUCUGCUGCUGGCUAUUUUAUUUUCCAGGCAGCCUAGUAGAAGUUGAUGCCUCAUAUUGCUCAUAGAUAUCAUUCUACAAUAGCUUCGAUGUUUGAACUUCGGCUACCAUGAAGACGGGCUGCGACCAGCAGACCUUCGCCCU